GGUUGAUUUUUUUUUUUUUUUUCCCUGGUGAAUUUGAACAAUUAAAAAGUAAAAGAUGAGAAACUGCGUAUUUGAAAGGAUCUGCCACUGAGGUUUUCUGGAUCAGCCAGGAGCAGAGCUCUUUUUACUGCAGAAACAACCAGUUUUCUUCAUAAUGCGGAUUUCAGACCAUCUUCCUUCUGAACUGGAAGGGCAGAAAGGUGACUCUACCCUUGAGACAUGUCAGUUGACUGCCAUGCUCGUCUAACCCAUUUCCAGGCUAUCACCGUGUGAUUCCUCUCUUGUUGUCUGCUGCCAGAAUCACACCAGCAAUCAGACUGCAGUAACGUGAAGGACUGUGAAGAGGGCACUUUGGUUCAACUUUGUGAUGUCUUCCCCUGAAAUUGCUUCCCUUUCUUGGGGUCAGAUGAAGGUGAAAGGCUGCUCUACAACAUAUAAGGACUGCAAAGUAUGGCCGGGAGGAAGCCGAACCUGGGACUGGCGAGAAACUGGGACUAAUCAUUCUCCAGGAGUGCAACCAGCUGACCUUGAAGAAGUUGUCAAGAAGGGUGUUAAAACUCUGGUGAUUGGUCGUGGCAUGAGCGAGGCUUUGCAGGUUCCACCAUCUACUGUGGACUAUCUGAAGAAAAACGGGAUUGAUGUGUUGGUCUUGCAAACAGAGAAGGCUGUGGAAGAGUACAAUGCCCUGGCUGCUCAGGGUGUCAAAGUGGGGGAGUCUUCCAUUCAACCUGCUGAAGCGUUACAGCUCAUUCCGCCUUCCUUGACCGCGGCCAAAUCACGGACACACCUCUCCGCUGAAUCAAAUUACAGUCAACAGAGUGUGGGCUUACGUGCCAAGGCAUUUGUGCGCUGACAAUCUAAAAUGCAAGGACAGUUUAUUAGUUCAGGAUUUAAACAAACUUGAGUGCUUACAAAAGGGGGCUGUUGAUGAAAUCAUUUAAUUACAGAACCGUUUCCAUACAUUCUUGAGACUGACCUAAUCUUCCUCUGAAGACUGGCCAUAUUCUAGUUACUUAACUUCUCACCUGUUGGCUAAAUUAAGAUACUAGGUUUUGAAUACUUUUAUUAGGAAAUGGCCCGAAAUUGCAUUAUUGGCUAUUGGAAUGUAGCCAUAAGAUAGCUGAUGUGUACAAUCAAGUGGUAGAUACGAAGCGGUGGUAAAGAAGCACUUUACCUCCACUGUAUAAAGAAGUUAAAAAUAAAAUAAAUUAAAAAGCGAACCCAGAACAUAGAAAUUUGCCUCCUACUGGCGACUUCAGUCAGGGUAUUGGCUAUGCAGAUCUGUUUGUGAUAAUUCAAGAACAUGGCAUAAUUUAGCACUUUAAAAUUUUACAUUGAACCUGAAAAAAGGAAAAAAAGAUGUCUACAGGGAAUAAACAUAAAAUCUGGGCCUUAAAGAAUUUCCUAUUAAUUGUGAAUUGUGAGGACUGAGUUGUGCGAUACGUAUCUAUUCAAAAGUCCCUACGUGCUUAAAAUCGUCAGAAGGAUUUGUCACAAAACUAGAGUUUGCAACGUAAAAGGUUGAUCUUUAGGAAGUCAGCCUAAAUUGCUGCUAGCAAGCUGGGGAUGGACGUGAGAAUUCUCACUGGUCAUCGUUAUCUGAUGAUUUAAACAUUGUGCCAACAAGCAUAUUGCACUGAAAAUUUGAAAAGUUCUCGUAGUUGCUGUUCUUGGUGGGCUUCUAUUAAUAUUACCAGUUACAACUUACGUACUGUAGAUUUUUUUUUUUUUUUCCCCACCAGGCUCACUAAUUCUUGAUCUGUGCGUAUUAAUGAAAGUACAAAGAUGACACUAUAAAAGCCCUGAGGCACUCAGAGCUAUCCAAGUAGUAGCGGAGAGGCUUAGACUGGUAUGAGAACGCAACGACUUUCCCAAGAGCCAAGAACAACCCUUCACAAAAUACUAUGUUCCUUUUCUGUUUAUUUGCUCUAGUAAUCAUUUAAAACCUUUUAUCUGAUAAAAUACAGUGUGGUGUAAAAGCAAAGGGAAAAUGAGUACUUGAAAGUUUUAUCUUGCAAUCUCCUAAUUAGAGCAACGUUUUCUAUUAG